AUGGCUCACAGCGACUCCGAGGAUGAGAUCAAUGACGACGCUGAGUACGACCGGACGACCGAGGCUGAUGACGACGUGGAGGACGAUAUCCUAGAUGCUCUCGAAGGCGACUUGGCUGCGGCUGCAGCUGCCGAAGAGGCCUCAGAAGAUGACUCUUAUUCUGAUGACUCCGACGGUGGUUCCGAUGACGAAGACGCAGAGGACGAAGCACAUCCGCCACAGAAACCAGUGCCAGACGUCCGGGAAGCACGAUCCUCUGCAUCGCCUGUGAAAGCUGCUACCCCGCCAAGGGAAUCUCCAAAAGCUGAACCUGUGCCAUUACGGCGAUCCCUCUCGCCCGCUCAGGCUCGGAGGGAAAAGUUAGUGAACGAGAUCCAAUGGCCGAGGUCAUACACUGUCGAGGCCAUUUGCGCCAUUCCCCAUCCCGUGCCCACUCACUGUCUUGCGUCGUCGGCCUGUAUGACCCACUUGUUGACUGGUUCUGAAGAUGGUUAUAUUCGAGACUAUGACGUGUUUGCCGCUGUGAAUAACAAGGUUGUCUUGACUGCACCACAGAGGCAUCAUUGUGGCGUCAUGGAAGGCGACAUGAAGGCUGGGCAGAUCAAGUGCUGGUGGGAGAAUCUGGCUGAUGUGGGCUCAAGCAUAGCCCCAGAGGAGCCGCCAUUAUCACCAGUAUACAGUCUGGCGAUGCACUCGGAUGCCUUAUGGGCCCUCGCUGGUUCGAAACUCGGCCACAUAAAUUUAUUUACAGUCCGCCAUGAUCCUGGUCAAUUGUGCCAUGUUAUGAGAGGCCACCGCGGCCCUGUCUCGGCUCUCGCUAUGCAACAUGAUGAGAUGGGGUUCUUCAGCGCUGGAUGGGAUGGCGAGGCUGUACAAUGGGACCUCAAUACCGGUCAGAAUGUGCGAACUUUUACGGCGCAUGGGGCUCAGCUAGCCGCAAUUGCAGUGCGGCCUCUUGUAUCCGACUUCAGUGGAUAUCAGUGGAGCACGCCUCCAUCAAGGGUGAAUCAACUCCCAUCAACGUACAGCGAAGACCCACCGGCAACUUACCAGAACGCAGCGACUAACGGGCGUUCCAUGUCUACGGGAAACGGAUCAGCAGGCUACCAUGCUCCAUAUUUUAUCAAUGGUAACGGACGUGCUGACCAAGUUCAAAAUGGUAUGCCUCAACAGCGGGACGAGGAUGCAAAGUCUGACACGUCGUUCGACCCACUGUUCGAUGACGAGCCUGAUGCCGAUGGAGAAUUGGACCAAGAAGAUGGCCCACAGCAGCCACCGGCUUACGGUUCAUCAUAUCCCCCAGCUGCACCGCAGAUAGCUCCUCAGACUCCGCAAUAUUCAACGCCUUUCUCGAAUGCCCAACCAUCGCAGUUCCAGGCAAAUGGUCGCACUGUCUCCGGGACCGUUGCUGCACCCAAAAACGGGCCUCCUAUUCUAGAUCCAACAUCCUAUACAGCAUUCUCCCCGGACGUGCUUAUGACUGCAUCAGUUGAUGGACAGGUCAUCCUCUGGGAUACACGGGUGCAAUCUUCUGGUCACGGUGUCGGUAGGCUAUGGAUGAGCGAGAAGACACCUCCGUGGUGUGUUUCGGCGUGCUGGUCAGCCGAUGGCGCACAGAUCUACGCAGGCCGAAGGAAUGGCACGAUAGACAUCUGGGAUGUUCGGCAGACGGGACGCACUGCAUCGGGUAUCCCGAAGAUCUUGAAGACCCUGCGUAAUCCAGUCAGCUCGGGUGUCGUGUCGUGCGUUGUGGCUUUCCCGGACGGCCGACAUCUCGCCUGCGCUUCGAACGACAACAUUCGGUUGUGGAAUGUGGCGGAAGCUGGCGAGCCAGAUGCGUGGGGCAAGAUGAAGAGUGGUGUCCAGUUCAAGAUCAUUCCUGGGCAUCACGGUGGCUAUAUCUCCCAGAUGUUAUUGGAUCGAGCGGCGAGGUUCCUGGUUAGUGCAAGCAGCAACCGAGGGUGGCAUGGUGAAUCUACAAAGACUGUAUUCGUACACGAAAUCAAACAUUUGAGGUGA